AUGCCUGUUCACGUGGUCACGGAUCCCGGGACACAGGUUCCCUCUCACCUUCAGAGGAUUCCUAUACCGCAGCUGAACCGCACCUCUCCCACCACGAACAAGUGUGUGAAGGGGAAAGUUGUUCAGAAGUACCCUUUAGUUUCCUUGGAGGAUGAUGACUACAUCCUGAAGACCGUGGUACAAGAACACGACCAUCAGCAGAGCCUGCCUUCAGGGCCCACGUCAAUCAAUGCCAUCCUGUUUGGAGCGCUGGCCAAGGACUUCUCCCAGAGUGUCAGUCAAGGGGACGUGCUGGUCAUGGCGGGGUUCACAGUGGGCGGGUCGCCUACCGCUCAAAAAGAUGGGCUGCACCCCUGUAACCUGCAGCUGUCCGGGAACGAGGCCUGUGUUUACGUCUGCCGUCCUCCUGCCCCGGGGCCCAGUGCAUCCGCCACCCCAACCUGGACCACAGCAGCCAGCGUCGAGGCCCAUAAAACAAAAUACACUUACGCUGCGCUUAAGGACUUGAAGCCGGGAAUGGUUGUCAACGUCUACGGCAUCGUGACGUUUUUCAAACAGCCAUUUCGCACAAAAGGGACCGAUUACUGCUCCACGCUGAAGAUCACAGACCAGUCUGACGUAAAGCUGGGCUGCACCAUAUUCAGCGACAAGCUGGAGGACCACCCCCAGAUCUACAAGAUCGGCGACAUCGUCCGUCUCCACAGAGUCAAGACCCAGCUGUUCAACGGCACGGUAAACGUGAUGACGAGCCUGGGCUACUCCGCGCUGACCUUCGACGGCGCUGUGGGCAGCCCGGUGGUCCCCCGCACGUCCAGCAAGUCCUUCCACUUCAGCGAGGAGGACAGGCGCACGGUGGAGGGGCUGCGGGCCUGGGCCGCCAGCCAGGCCGUCGUGCCGCCUGCGUCCUGCGUCCGGCUCUCCUCCGUCCAGCCCAAGGUGUACUUCGACCUCACCUGCCAGCUGCUGGCCAAGGCUGUGAUGGACUCGAACUGCACUCUUUUGAAGGUCUGGGAUGGUACCAGGUGUGCCCACCCGUUGCUGAACUUGGUUGUCGACUCGGUAACCCUGGAAGGCAACACCACCGUCGUCCGGGGCAGGGAAAACCUCGUCGCCAGUGUGCUGGUGUACGACAACCAUGUGGAGGUGGCUGAGGGGUUAAAGCCCGGCAUGUACCUGCGCAUCUACAACCUGCACGCCGUGCCGCAGAGCGGGGCGGCGCCCCACGAGGCCGAGGCGGGCCACCUGGCCUUCCACCUGCACGGGGGCACCGCCUACGGCCGCGGGAUACGCGUCCUGCCGGAGGACAGCCCCGACCUGCAGGAGCUGAGGAGAACACUAGAUUCACUCUCUGCAGCCCUGGAGAAUGACCCAGAAGAUUCCUCAUUAGAGGAAGUGUGGAGCACUCCUCGGGAGUCUCUGGAUGCCAAUCCACAGGAAAACAUAACAGCGCGGACAUGCGACCACAGGCUUAAGCAUGUGACGCUGGCCCGUGUGACGGCGGCCACGCCUCCUCAGGUGUUCCAUGUGCGGGCACAGCUCAGGUCCUUCCAGCCAGAGAGACUGCACCAGGCCCUGAAGCUCCACUGCCCCAAGUGUAGAGCGCUUCGGGAUGUCCCAGACGAGGAGACCGUAGCCAGCUUGUUCCAGGAGGCGUUAAGUGGGACGGAGCACUGCAGCGAGGCCUGGGCCCUCACAGGGUUUCUGGACUCCAGUGUCCCGGGACGGAAGAUCGCCCUGCACUUACCCAGCGGCAUGGAGAGGGCAGGGAACGAGCUGGUCUUUGUGGAGGGGGCGACGCUGGAGGAGAUGUGGCGGAUGUCGGGCGGGUGCAGGAACAUGGUCCCCGUGAGGUCAUCAGAGGGACGGAUGGCACUGCUGGACCUCUCCGCCCCCUUCUUCUUCCAGGGCACAAAGCAACACUAUGGGUGCAAACAGUGUUCCCAGGCGGGCUGUUUGGAACCGGAUACAGAGGACGUGAGGGAAUGGGAUGAGAGGAAAGUAGCAGAGGUUCUAGGUGUGCAGCUGAUGCAAUAUGUGUUCCUGAUGAAGCUGGAGCUGGAGGAUGAAACUGACUCUGUGGAGGCCCUACUGUGGGAGCACGCUGAGAGCUUCUUCCGAGUUUCCGCCAGUGAUGCUGCAACCAGUCAGGAUGCACAGGACUGGAUACAGGAGACGAUGAACAAGCUCCGCCCACCAGGGGGAAGUCUGGCGGAGCGACCUUGGCUGGAUCUGUGUCUGAGGUCAUACGCCGUGGAGGAGGGCGGCCGGCGCGUGGUCUGUCACCAGAUCUUCAACACGGUGGCCAGAGGGGCCGAGCUCUGA